AUGAGAUUCUCAACCGCCGCCAUCUUUGGCGCCAUCUCCAUGGCCCUCUUCGCCCCUUCCGUCCUCGCCUGCGAGCGUGAAUGCCAAGUCAACGUCUCGCACGCCUUCGCCGACAAGUACGACCUCAUCUCCAAAACCUAUUUCGCCUUCUUGGGCGACAGAGUCGAAAAGUCGCUGUUCUACGGAGUCCCUGACCAGGCACUCUCCGCCGCAGAGGUCACCGCCACUAUCAAGACGAUCAAGGACUCGAUCGACCAGGCCGAGGCUGCAUGGUCAAAGACUAUCUUCCCCACCAUCUUUGACACCAUCUUCAAGGACGAGCCCAAGUUCAAGGGCGACUGCAACCACCCCCACCGUGUCAUCCAGCCCCCACGCGGCGUCAACUGGACCAUGCCCGACUGCCACAACAUGGACUACAUCUGCGGAAACCCUCCCUCGAUUUGCCACUUUAUGCCCAUGAUCAAGACCCGCAUUGUCAAGAAGCUCACUCUCCAGCUCCAGGCCAGAGUCGACGGCGAUGACUCGGAUGUCUAUGCCAACUUUAUCGGACCCGCCCUCCAGACCGCCCUCACCGCCCAGCCUAAGCUUGCCUCCUAUGGCGCUGUCCUCCACGGCAACUUGAACCAGAUCUUGGAGGAGGUUAAGAAGGGUCUCAACAACUUUGCCAGCGAGACCCAGUGGUUGCACGAAUGGGACCUGAGUAUCAAGAUCCUUCUGUUGACCUUCCCAUAA